GUGACGGUCAAUCAAGCUCAAGUUCAAGCCCAUGUGUGUACUCCCUGCCACGCGUGUUUGUUGUGUACUGUUGGCCGCCGUGAGCACAGGGACGAGGGCGGUGUGUGCUCCUUCUGCCUCCCACCAGCCAUGCCUUUCUUCAUCAGGGGCAAGAAGGCGGCUAGCAAGGGCAAGAAAGCAGUGAAAAGGAAAACACAAGGAAAGAGAAAAGCCGAGACAAAUAACCAUCAGUCAGAGAAAAAGAGAAAAUUCAUCCCAGAUCUAGAUGAAGAAAUCACAAGUGAAGAGGAAGAUGAUUAUAAGAACAAAAAGUUGAUCGAUGAAGAGGAAGAGUUGGAAGAUGAGACCGCACAAGAGAAAAAAGUACGACUGGCACGUCAAUACCUAAAGGAACUCCAGGAACAGAAAGACCAAGAUGAGGAAGAUAAGUUGGAUGAUGAAAGCAUCAGUGCACGUCUUCGAGAGGAUGUGCUGGAAGCUUCUGGGAGGCUCAGAAAAAAGGUUGCUGACUCCUACUUGGAGCCUGAAGCAACUGACCUGCAAGUGAUGAGGUCCAAAAAGCAAAGGCUGUCCGUUACGUGCAUAGCUGUCUCAAGUGAUGAAAAAUAUGUGUUUGCCGGGUCAAAAGACAGCUCACUUGUGAAAUAUGGUAUUAAUGGGGAGAAGCUCGGAGUUGUGCCAGGUGGCAAAAAAGGCACCGAAGGUUCACAUACUGGACACACUGCCCACAUCUAUUCCAUUGCUAUAUCUUCAGACGGGAAGUUCUUGGCCUCGGGGGAUGCCAAGGGCUACAUACACAUUUGGAAUCCAGAAAACCUUGAACAUCUGAAGACAUUCAAGAAACACCGCAGAGCCAUCUCAGGCCUGGCCUUCCGCUGGGGCACUCACACACUUUUCUCCAGCUCACACGACAGAAUGGUGAUGGUGUGGAACCUUGAUGCCAUGUCCUUUGUUGAAAAUUUGGGUGGGCACCAAGAUGCAAUAACAGGUCUGGAUGCUUUCCUGAGAGAGUCUUGCAUCACGUGUGGCGGACGGGACCGCUCGGUGAUUGUGUAUGUGCUCGUUGAGGACAAGCAGCUGCGGUUCUCAGGGCACCAAGAUUCUAUAGAUGGUGUAAAGCUAAUUAAUGAAAAAGCCUUUGUCACCUUUGGCCAGGAUGGAUGCCUAGCUUUGUGGGCGACCCACAAGAAGCGUCCACAGUUUGUGUUGAAGGCAGCUCACGGCCACCAGCCCAAUGGUUUGCCAAACUGGAUCACGGCAGUGGCAUCCCUCAUUAACACUGACUUGAUUGCAUCAGGGUCAAUGGAUGGAUACGUUCGUCUGUGGAAGGUUGAUACUGAUCAACAUAGAUCCUUGAAAAAGCUGUUUGCAGUUCCUGUACAUGGUGUGAUCAACUCCCUGGCAUUUACAGCAAGUGGCAGUCACCUUUUGGUUGGGGUGGGACAAGAACACAAGAUGGGCAGAUGGUAUACAGAAAAAUCUGCCAGAAAUUCUGUUGUAAAAAUACCUUUGAGAAAAAAGUAAUAUUUUUUAAAUAAAAGUUAAAUUCUCAAACUAU